GCCGGAAGUGUAGUGAGAGUGAAACUUCUCGUCAUAUUAGACUGCCCGAGGCCUCUUGAACAUGCCGUAAAUGCACCAUGAGGAUACACUUUGUGUCGAAAAUGAAAGUACUACUUACCGAAUGUUAAAUCACAUUUCAAAACUGCCAUAAAUAUCACAUUACGACUGAUGAAAGUAUCCAGCCCACUACAAACGAUCGUUACGGCCCAUAACCAUUUCAAGCCUCAUGAAUUCAAAGGACACAGGCUGAACAUAUAAAAGAGAAUCACAACCCCUGAUGUCUAAAGCCAGUUUGUUAUUAUGGAGAACAGAGAGAGCAGUGAGAGAGUUUCAUCUUCUGAUUCCAGCUGUGUGUCUCUGAAGAGUGACAUUUCAUUGAUUCUACCUCCUUUUUUUAGUGAUGGACCAGUGACCUCUGACCCCAGAGUGUAUAAAGAAGGUCAGACUGGAGACCUGCAGCAGGAUUCUCCUGAACCAGUAAAUGAUGAUCUACAGAGAAUCAAAGACCAGCACAAAACCAGCAUGAGGAACAAGUAUGAGAGAUUAUUUGAGGGACUGAAACUCCAGGAGAAUGAAACCCUUCUGAACAGGAUCUACACACAGCUUUACAUCAUAGAGGGAGAUAGUGAAGGAGUGAAUGAAGAACAUGAGGUUUUACAGAUGGAGAAAAGAGCCAGAACAAAACACUCACAAGAUACUCCAAUCUACUGCAGUGACAUCUUUAAAGCCUCACCUGAACCAGGAUGUGAGGAGAGAGACCAAAUCAAGACUGUUCUUACUAAGGGCAUUGCUGGAAUUGGAAAAACUGUGUCUGUGCAGAAGUUUAUUCUGGACUGGACCGAGGGAAAAACCAAUCAGGAUGUAGAUUUCAUGUUUGUGCUUCCAUUUCGGGAGCUGAACUUGAUCCAAGAUGAUCAGUACAGUCUUCACAGACUUUUGCUGGACUUUCAUCCUGAACUUCAAGAUCUGGACUCAAAUAUUUAUGAGGAGUGUAAAGUUGUGUUCAUCUUUGAUGGUCUGGAUGAAAGCAGAAUCACACUGAUGUUCUCCGAUGCUCAGAAAGUUUGUGAUGUGACUGAGAUUUCAUCAGUGGGUGUGUUAAUGUCAAACCUCAUGAAAGGAGAGCUGCUUCCCUCUGCUCUCAUCUGGAUAACCUCCAGACCUGCAGCAGCCAAUCAGAUCCCCUCCGAAUACAUCCACCGUCUGACAGAAAUUCAGGGAUUCAAUGAGCCUCAGAAGGAGGAGUAUUUCAGGAAGAGAAUCAGUGACCAGUAUCAAGCCAGCAAAAUCAUCUCACACAUCAGAAGAUCAAGAAGCCUCCACAUCAUGUGCCACAUUCCUGUCUUCUGCUGGAUCUCAUCCACUGUGCUUCAGAGGCUCCUAGAAGAAGAUCUGAGUGCAGAAAUCCCUCAAACUCUGACUGAAAUGUACAUCCACUUCUUGAUGAUUCAGAUCAAUAUGAAUCAGAAGUAUAAGGAGCAAGAUCCAGAGAAACUCCUGCAGUCCAACAGAGAAGGGAUUGUGAAAUUUGCUGAAGUGGCUUUCAAACAGCUGAUGAAGUGCAAUAUGAUGUUCUAUGAGGAGGACCUGAUUGAGAGCGGCCUAGAACUCACUGACGACUCAAUGUAUUUUGGGAUUUGCACUGAGAUCUUUAAGGAGGAAUCUGUGAUUCAUCAGAGGAAAGUCUACAGCUUCAUCCAUCUGAGCCUUCAAGAGUUUUUUGCUGCUUUCUAUGUGUUUUACUACCAUAUCAAUGUAACUAUGGAGAAGCUGAAGAAUUUUGCUUCAGUACAAAAUCUGCUUAAAGGAGCAGUAGAUGAAGCCAUUAAAAGCAAAAAUGGACAUCUGGAUCUGUUCCUGCGUUUUCUGCUGGGCAUCUCACUGGAGACCAAUCAGAGACUCUUACAGGAUCUACUGCCACACACUAAGAACAGCUCUGAGUGCAUCAGACAAACCACACAUUACAUUAAAGAGAAGAUCAAAGAUGGACAUGGACUCUCCACUGAAAGAUCCAUCAAUCUGUUCCUCUGUCUGCUGGAAGUGAAAGAUCAGACUCUGUCCAGAGAGAUUCAGGAGUUUGUGAAAUCAGACAAACACUCAGAGAAACUCUCUCCUGCUCACUGCUCAACAAUCGCUUACAUGCUUCAGAUGUCUGAGGAGCCGCUGGAUGAGCUGAACAUCAAGGAAUACAACACAUCAGAUGAGGGGAGAAGACGACUGAUACCAGCUGUGAUCAACUGCAGAAAAGCCCUUAUUAUUGGCUGUAAUCUCACUGUUCAGUGUUGUGAGAGUUUGUCAUCAGUUCUUCAAUCCUCAAAAUCUGUCCUGAGAGAUCUGGAUCUGAGUAACAAUGACCUACAGGAUUCAGGAGUGAAGGUGCUCUCUGAUGGAUUGAAGAGUCCAAACUGUCAGUUGCAGAUGCUGAGGUUAUCUGGCUGUAUGGUGACAGAGGAAGGCUGUGGGUAUUUGUAUUCUGCUCUGAGUUCAAACACCUCACAGCUGAGAGAGCUGGAUCUGAGCUACAAUCACCCAGGACAAUCAGGAGUCCAGCUGCUCAACCACAAACUGCACGAUCAAAACUGCUCACUGAAGAUACUCAAUGUGGAUCAUGGAGGAGAGAUCAGGAUCAAAGCAGGACCACAAAAGUAUGCCCGUGAUUUCAGGCUGGAUCCAGUCACUACAAACAAUCGACUCAUUAUGUCUGAUGGGAACAGGAAGGUGAGGCGUGUUGGAGAGAAGCAGCCAUAUCCUGAUCUUCCAGCGAGAUUUGAUUAUGCUCCUCAGGUUCUGUGUGUUGAGAGUCUGACUGGACGCUGUUACUGGGAGGCUAAAUGGACUGGACGUGUUAAAAUAUCAGUGGCAUAUAUAGGAAUCAGCAGGAAAGGGGAGAGAUAUGACUCUAUAUUUGGAUACAAUGACAAAUCCUGGAGUCUGAACUGCAAUAAUGACAGAUUCACUGUCUGGCACUAUAAUAGCUACAGUGAUAUACCUGGUGUCCGCUCAUCCUCUAAUAGAGCAGGAGUGUAUGUGGAUGUGUCAGCUGGCACAUUGUCCUUCUACAGCGUCUCUGACACACACACACUCACACACUUACACACAUUCAACACCACAUUCACUGAACCCCUCUAUGCUGGAUUUGGGCUUUAUGAUGACUCUUCAGUGUCUCUAAGUCAGAUUACACACACACUUGAUUAGAUGCACAGACUAAGUGGUCUUCAUGUUACGAAACAAUACAAAUAAUAUAAUCAGAUGCACGACUUCAGUGGUCUGCCAUGAUGCUUUAAGCUUGGCAUUGACUAGUCUCUGGUCCUAUAGAGGGUGCAACAGGAUAAUACAUGACCCUAAUCAGGGCCGUAUUAAGACAGUGUGGUGGACACUAUACCUCAACCCCCCCCCCCCCCCUUCAGACAUAAUUAAGGUGAUAUCUCAAAUGUAAUUUUUUAACUUGUCCAACUACCGUAUUUUUGGACUAUAAGUCGCACAUAAGUAUAAGUCGCAUCAGUCCAAAAAUACGUCAUGUCAAGGAAAAAAACAUUUAAGUUGCACUGGACUAUAAGUCGCUUUUAUUUAGAACCAAGAGAAAACAUUGCCGUCUACAGCCACAAGAGGGCGCUCUGUUUUCAGUGGUAGACUACAGGAGCACCGAGCAGCAUAGAGCGCCCUCUUGCGUCUGUAGACGGUAAUGUUUUAACUUCAUUGGGAAACAGGGAUCGCUUCUGUGUCAUUGUCGUCCUGAGCUCAUUCUUUACUCGUUUUAAAACAAACUUUCAAUCCCUGGAACAUUUUGAAUUGUAGCUAAACGUCUAACAUCUUUGUCUUUCUUUAACUUUCUUUUUGCAAAACCACUCAAUUGACGUCUGUCCAUUUUGAUUCAUUUUCUGUAGCAGUUAAAAACAAUGACACAUUUGCGCGUACUUGUUGUGGACCAACUCAACUCUGACAGGGACAGAAGGGGGGGACUGAUAGUGGUCAUGUAAUCUUUAUUUAUUUAUAAUUUAUUAUUAUUAUUGUUGUUGUUGUUAAGUUAGUGUUCAUAAACUAGUUAUGUAUGGUCUUUCAAGAAUUUCAAGUUAAUAAUAAAACAAUUUACGAAAAAUAUUUUUAAAGCUUGUGUCAUGUGGUGCCCCCCUAGUUGUUGUGAAUGGUUGGUGCCCCUGGGCACUGGCCCAAGUGCCCUUAUGGAUAAUCCGGCUCUGAUCCUAAUGCACUGCUGCACUACACACAUAGGCUACAUACAGUAGUGCACAUCGUGCGCGCACAGAAUCAUUCAGCACGGAAAUGUAUUAUCAACACUGUUCUGUGAUUUCUCAGUAAAAUAGUUUAGAAACUAAAAAAGUUAAAGCAUAUGUUUCUUAAUAACUAAAUACCACAGCUUCACUCCUAGUAGAGAGACGUUGCCAGGUAAAAUUAAUUUACACACGCAAUUGCUCUCACUAAUGCAUUCAUAGGAAUGUAUUAUACUUUUUCUGUAUCUGAUUUAGAACGAUCAUAAAUCUGUGAGAAAUAUAACAACCCAAACACAAAAGAACUGAUAAAAAUUAGAUGCUACAGGAGCAAUAGCCAUGUGGGCAGUGCUGUGUCAUAUGCCAUAGAUGUGCACAAGGUGUUCAUGGCAGCUCCAGACUUAUUGUUCAUUAAUGUCAUCCUCAGUGACUAGUCGACUUCAACUUGACUUUCACCACAUAAAAGUUGACUUUAAAAAUCAGAAGUCAUUCAACCCCAAAUGCACACAAAGUCAUCAAAUAUCACAUAAUUAUGGGCCAAGCACUGCAGAUUAGUAGACAUGUCCUGUAUCCAUUAGUAUGCUUCUUAUUAUUAGGGAAUAAGAAUUAUUUACCUCUUUUAGUCAUUAUUUUUGUUUUUCUUAUCAUUAUAAGUAGGGGCCUUAUUAGGGUCUUCUUAUUAGAGGCCAAGCACUGAAGUUGUAUAGGAACAGUCUCAAUAUUAAUCCUAGCAAGUUGAGUCUCUUACGCAAACCAUACAAUAUCUAAAACGAUAUCCUUAUUGUCGUCCAUGUAUAAUUUUAUCGUAAAAAGAUAUAUUUAACAAAUGAAUUGGUGUAUCAUCAACAAACUUUGUACUGCCAUCAGCACCAUACCCUGAAGGUACUCAAAAACAUUUGGGAAAGUGCCAUCUUGAGGUCAAAAAUUGUAUUAAAAAA